CACAAAAAAAUAUCUGUCGUGGAAAGCAAAUGUCAGAAAUUAGAGGAGGAAAAAAUUUACGACGAAAAUUAUUUUUUCCUCUAUCGAAUCGUAAAUAUCGGUAAAAAAAUCGUAUUAUUGUGUUUUUCUGCAAAGUAUAUAGCAAAUUUAUAUUCAAUGUAUAAAAAUAAAGAAGUUUAAAUUGCACAAAAUAACAAAAUAAAAAUUAAAUAGAUAAAACUUGUUACAGUGAAGUGAAGUGACACAAAAGCAACAUAGAAACGGAAGGAACAGUAAUAACAGCAACAAAGAAAAGGUGUAAAGCGAAACGUAGCGGAGCGCCACUUCAGCAAUUACUUACGGAUGAAGUGACAAAUGAAAUUUGCGUAUAUUUCUAUGAAAAAUAUUAAGUAAACAGCGACAUAUAUAAAAAUUAAUUGAAAUCUUCUUUGCAACAAAUAAUAUAUAACAUAUAAAAUGAAUCGGAGUGAUGGUUUGGUGAGACGAGCCGUUAAAACACGGGAUAAUGGAGCUGAAGGUGGUGCCGCUGGCCUAAAUGCAAACACACCGGACGACGAUAACGAUUUGAAUAAUAGCAAUAAAGAUCAAGAGGACAAUAUAGAUGAUGGUGAUUCCAAACAGACACGUCUAACACUCAUGGAAGAAGUGUUACUGUUGGGCUUAAAAGACAAAGAGGGUUACACAUCUUUUUGGAAUGAUUGCAUAUCGAGCGGCCUACGUGGCUGCAUUCUCAUUGAACUUGGUUUGCGUGGACGUGUGAUGAUGGAGAAGACGGGUAUGCGUCGCCGCAGUUUGUGUUCCAGAAAACUCAUAUUGAAAUCAGAUCAGCCGACCGGUGAUGUCUUGCUUGACGAAGCGUUAAAACAUAUUAAAGAAACAGAUCCACCAGAGACUGUGCAAAGUUGGAUAGAGUAUUUGAGUGGCGAAACAUGGAAUCCCUUAAAAUUGCGUUAUCAAUUGAAAAAUGUGCGUGAACGUUUGGCAAAGAAUUUGGUGGAGAAGGGCGUGCUGACGACAGAGAAACAAAAUUUUCUACUCUUCGAUAUGACGACACAUCCGCUAUGCGACAAUGUGGUCAAAUGCCGUUUGGUGAAAAAGAUACAAGACGCCGUACUUUCCAAAUGGAUCAAUGAUCCGCAACGCAUGGAUCGACGCAUUUUGGCCUUAAUAUUUUUGGCGCAUGCUAGUGACGUCAUCGAGAAUGCAUUUGCGCCGCUAAAUGAUGACGAUUACGAAUUGGCCAUGAAACGUGUGCGCGAAUUGUUGGACUUGGAUUUUGAAGCGGAGGCGGCCAAACCGAAUGCAAACGAAAUACUUUGGGCAGCAUUUAUGGCUUUCAGUAAAUAAGAUCCUGUUAAUUAUUAUGGGAUUGAAUGAUGCGCCAAACACGCUAUCUGCCAAUGCCACUUUUAUAUAUAUACAUACAUACAAGAAGCAUACAUACACAAUAUAGUUUACACAACCAAGUAGACAAAAAAACCAACAAAUGGAUUUUUCUAACAUAUGAAAAUAAUUACUAUCAUAAAUUUAUAUUAUAAAUAUGAUGUAUUUUAUUUUUUUUUUCUUGCGUAAUGUUGCAUAUACAUACUUUUCCAUUAUUUACAAUUGUUGUGAAAGAUAAAAAUUUAAAUUUAAAUAAUAAUAAAUAUACAGCUAUACAUAGACACAUAUAAUAAAUGAAAAAAAAACAAUAACAAUUUUGAAAUAAUGGAAAAAUAAGAAAAUUAGCAAGGUAAAACAUGCAUAAUACAUAGUAUUUUAAAAUGUGGUCAAUAAUAUUAGCAUUGGUAAUAAAUGACAUAUAAAUAUUUGAAAACACACAAACAAAUCAGCGACGAUAAAUGCAAGUGUACUAAAACGUUAGCUACAAAAACAA